UCAGUUGGGAUUUAAUCGGCUUCUCUGGCGAAAUAAGAUUUAGUUUUAUUUAUGCCCCGCUAGCGGGCACUUCUCUUCGGCUCGAUCUCGCUAGUGUUCAACUAAUUUAGUUAGUGCAGUAUAAAAAUAGAAAAGUUUCCCACAACACCUUGCGUAUAUAUUUUCCGACACGGCGUGUGUCGGAAUUAGUUGGGAUUUAGAUUGUAUUAUUCACCGAGAUUGCCAACUAAAAUGACAUCGAAUUCCGAAGGUCGAGGCAACCCCAUCGAGACGCAUGAACAGUUGAAAGUGCUCGGCGCUAAUUUUCAAGUUGAGCGACCGUGCUAAACCGAGCUCGGAAAAAGUUUCUCUGUGGUGGCAAACUACGAAAAUCCAUUUGUUCGAACUUUGCGGGGUUUGCAUGUGCAGCAUCAGUCAAUUGCAGUGGAUACACAAUCGCUUAUCGAUUGGAGCCCAAAACAAAGAGCCCAUGGACGUGCGCAUCGACAUGCCGUGGGGUUAUGUGGUGGGCAAGUGGUACGGCAAUCGGCAGGUACGACCCAUCCUGGCGCUGCAUGGCUGGCUGGACAACCUGGGCACGUGGGACAAAUUGCUGCCCCUGCUACCGAAGCACCUGGGAGUGCUGUGCAUCGACCUGCCCGGCCACGGAUACUCCUCGAAGCUGCCCGAGGGGAUUGCCUACCACUUCGUGGACUACCUGUGCGUGAUCCUGCGCGUAAUGGAGGAGUACCGCUGGCAGAAGGUGUCCCUGAUGGCCCACUCAAUGAGCGCCAUGCUGUGCUUCGUAUUCGCUUCGCUGUACCCACAUCGCACCGACAUGUUGGUCAGCAUAGAUAUAGUGAAGACCCGCUAUAGGAAGCCCCCCUCGCAGAUCGACUAUCUGCGCAAGAACAUCGAGGGCUACAUUGUGGAGGACGAGCGAUUUGCGAAUUCCAAGCGCCAGGAGCCGCCGGCCUAUACCUACACAGAGAUGGAGCAGGUCCUGUACAAAGGCACCGACUACUCGGUGGAGCUGGAGAACUGCCGCCACAUCCUGGAGCGCAACAUCAGCCGUUCCACCAAGUUCCCGGCCAAGUUCUUCUUCUCGCGCGACGGUCGCUGCAAGUACUACACGGAGUUCCAUACGAGUCCUCCCUUCGCCGCUGAACUGGCCAGGACCAUCAAGAAUGUGCCCUACUGCGUGAUCAAGGGCUCCGAGUCGAACUACAUAGACGAGCAGAGCGACGAGGUGAUUGGCAUCCUCAGGGAGAACAACCCGCACUUCGAGCUCCACGAAGUGCAGGGCACCCACCACGUUCACCUCAACAAUGCGCAGGGUGUGGCGGCCGUCAUUAAUCCCUUCAUUCUGCACCACCGCCCACCGCAUCUGGAGAACUGGACGGUGGACGGGACGGAUGAGACGCUGCCCGAGGUCGUCAAGGAAUUCAAGUUGGCCGUGGAGGAUUCAGAGAAUGUCAAGCGGAGGAAGAGAAAAAGCAACCUAUAGCUGCUGCCAGCAUCUCUGAGAUUCAGUCAGCAGCGCGAUGCGAAAAUUUCCGAUGCGAAACAAGAUAUUGAUUUCAUUAUGCCGACGUGAUGCUUUCUUCAAGCCUUAACGCUUUAGAGUAAUAAUAUAGACAAUUUUAUACGAUGUUCAAGAUCCUAACAAGUUGGAUAGAUACUUUGCUUGUACUAAGUAUUCUAACAAUAAAUAAUGUUUGAUUUAAUUAAAACC